AUGUGGCCGGGCCUCGAGGCGUUGCCAUGGCGCUGGGCGGUCGGCGCGGCCCUGGGGCUCGGGCUGGCGCUAGAGGCGCUGGCGCUGCUGGUGCGCGGCUGGCGGCGGCGGCGGCGCCGGGCCCCGCGGCGCGAGGUGCUUUUCUUCCCGUCGCCGGUGACCUGCACCGCGGCGCUGCUGGGCGAGCCGGGCGCCGCGCCCUGCCCCUGCCCGCUGCCGCACGGCGACAGCCCGCUCGCCCGCCUGCUGCGCCGCCUGCUCUCGGCGCGCCGCUCGCUGGAGCUCUGCCUCUUCGCCUUCUCCAGCCCGCAGCUGGGCCGCGCCGUGCAGCUGCUGCACCGCCGGGGCGUGCGCGUGCGCCUCGUCACCGACUCCGACUACAUGGUGCUCACCGGCUCGCAGAUCGGCCGCCUGCGGCAGGCGGGGAUUCAGGUGCGUCACGACCAGGAUAGUGGCUACAUGCAUCACAAAUUUGCUAUUAUAGACAAAAAGAUGCUCAUCACUGGUUCCCUCAACUGGACCACUCAAGCUAUCCAGAACAACCGUGAGAAUGUGCUGAUUGUGGAGGAUGCAGAGUAUGUGGAGCCAUUCCUGGCAGAGUUUGAAAGGAUUUGGGAAGAGUACAAUCCAGCUAAUUAUACAUUUUUCCCCACCAAAAAGGAACAGAAAUGACAGCUUUUUGGAGCUGGAAGGGUCCUUGACAAAUAGCAUUUUUCUAGCAAGCUUCUUUGUAUUUAAUUUUGUUAUAGCUACAAAGACUAUAGCAUCAUGCAAGGGUGAAGAGUUCUGUACUUUUCAGUGAUAACCUCACUGUGUACUAAGUGAAAGUGCAUCACUCUAAACUUCUUGGUAAGUAGUGGUGUAGUAGAAGGGCCAGCAUGUUCCCGCUGUAGUGCUGGAGCUCAGAAGAUAAUGGUCACUGCCAUGCACUGGAAGAAGGCAAAGUUUGGAA